CAUGACAACAGUGGUGCACACGUACACGUCGACAGUACACACAUGGACCGUGGUCUGAAAUGAGACGAAUGUAAACUCAAUCCGUCCGUGUGGUGUGUUGGCAUACUUUGACUUUACAACUUUAGUAUAUUUUGGUAUUGGCGGAAGUCUGUGAGCCUUAUUUUCAGCUAUUCUCAGCCACCAUGUUGCGGCGAAAUACUCGGGUGAUUAUCUUGAUGACUGUAGCUUGGAUUGUGGGGAUGUUUCUGUACCUUCACAACUCUCAAGACGAUGAGGAAACGAAUUCUAAAAAGUCGUGGGCAAACUCUCAACACAAAGAUCAGUUCCUGCAGAAUCCACAGAAUAAUCCAAAAGGAGCUUUUAAGUUCAUCAUCGAUGACUCUGGGAAGGGUGGACUGAAUGCUGAACAGCAUCCGCAGAAGGGGCAGCCUGGCAUGACAGACCAGGCAUGGCAGAACUUUGAUCAGGCAGCGUAUAUCGCUAAGACACUGGUCAAGAAAGGUGGAGAUGCUUAUGCCAGGAACAAGUUUAACCAAGUGGAGAGUGACAAACUGAAAAUGGACAGAGGUAUACCAGAUACCAGGCACACACAAUGUAGAACCAUUGACUGGCAUCAUGUCCUACCAGCAACAACAGUUAUUAUUACAUUUCAUAAUGAGGCUAGAUCAACAUUAUUAAGAACGAUCGUCAGUGUUCUCAGAAAAAGUCCACCAGAAUUGGUAGAUGAAAUUAUAAUAGUGGAUGAUUAUAGUGACGAUCCUCAAGAUGGGGAACUUUUAGUGGGAAUUGAAAAAGUCAAGCUCAUCAGGAAUGAGAGAAGGGAGGGUUUAAUCCGAUCUAGAAUUAAAGGGGCAGAUGCAGCCACAAGUUCAGUCUUAACUUUCUUGGAUAGUCAUUGUGAAUGCAAUGAGAAUUGGCUGCAGCCGUUGUUAAAGAGAAUCCAAGAGAGCUAUAAAGCGGUAGUUAGUCCCAUUAUAGAUGUGAUCAACAUGGAUAAUUUCCAAUAUGUAGCAGCCUCAGCGGAUUUAAAGGGUGGUUUCGAUUGGAAUCUUGUCUUCAAGUGGGAUUAUAUGACUCCAACAGAGAGAGGGAGCAGAAGGUCCAAUCCAAUUGCACCAAUCAGAACUCCAAUGAUCGCAGGAGGCUUAUUUGCAAUCUCCAAACGUUGGUUUGAAGAAUCUGGAAAAUAUGACAUGAUGAUGGACGUCUGGGGAGGGGAAAAUUUAGAAAUCUCUUUUAGAGUGUGGCAGUGCGGUGGAACACUAGAAAUCAUUCCUUGUAGCCGUGUUGGACAUGUGUUCCGCAAGCAGCAUCCAUAUACAUUCCCUGGAGGUAGUGGCAAUGUAUUUGCAAGGAAUACCAAGAGAGCCGCUGAGGUUUGGAUGGAUGAAUACAAACAGUUUUAUUAUGCCGCUGUGCCUUCGGCUCGUAACGUGCCCUACGGAAGUAUAAAAGGUCGAGUUGAUUUGCGAGAGCAGUUACAAUGCAAGCCAUUCAGUUGGUAUCUAGAAAAUGUAUAUCCAGAAUUAAGAGUUCCAGACAAGCAGGAUCUAGCAUUUGGAGCAAUACAACAAGGUUCAAUGUGUAUGGAUACACUAGGACAUACAGAGGAUGGUACAUUAGGACUUUAUGAAUGUCACAAUAGUGGAGGAAAUCAAGAGUUUUCCUACACCAAAGAGAAGUUAAUCAAACACACAGAUCUCUGCAUGACAGCUGGAAAUGCAGAGUCUGGUUCACCUAUAGUAUUAAAAAACUGUCAUGGCUAUCAUAGUUAUCAGAAAUGGGACCAAGCUGAAGGUGGUCGAGUCUUCAAACUUCAUGAUACAAAUCUGUGUAUAGAUAGUAAAGAAACAAAAACAAAAGGACUAACGAUCCAGACGUGUGAAAGGAGAAUACUAACCCAACAGUGGAAAUUCUCUAUGGGGAAUUUAAGACACUGACAGUCCUAAUAAUGUAGAGCUUUAAGUUUUAAUUGCAGUUAUGAAUUCUAGCUGAUAUGAUUGUAAAUCAGAGUACUUUUAUUAAAUUGUUAUGGGGGUUUUAUGGCCAAGCCAUAUUCUGAAGUUUGGUUUUUCUUUUUUUCCUUUGGUAAAAAAAAACUAAGAAUGUAAAAACAUUAUCCAUAUUUCAAGAAAACAAAAUGUACAGUUAUUGUUGCUAUAAUUAUACAAUGUUGUUGUUUAUCUGCCAAAGAAAAUAAAGUAGAUAAUUGGUUAAUGAUAAUUUUAUUGCUUAAUAAAACCUAAAUGUUUCAUUUUCAAAUGUUCUUCAAACGUUUUUUAAAUGUUCUAAAGAAUAUUAUUUCAAAAUAUGUUUUAAUUUAAAGUGUUUAAACUGUGUAGGGCCCUAUACUGUAUACAAAAUAAGAGUUUGAAAUGCAUAGUGUUGAACUUUUCAAAGUACUUUUGAAAAAUAUUGCAUAAUGAAUUGGUACUUUUGAAAUAUUUUUAAAGGUAUUCCAGGUGUAUGAUUUUAAAAUAUGUUUAUUCUACAAAAAUCAUGUUUUUGAGAUAUAUUUCAAGUGAAAGGACUUUGCAGACUUUAAACUGAAAUUAGCUUUUGGGGGGAAGAGCUCUGCCCCAGCCUUAAAAUAAUCUCAAUCUUUGCUUUCAUUUUGUGAUCACAAAUCAUGACAACUCUGACCACACAUACAUUUCAGGUGUUUUAAAACUACUUAAACUUACCCCCCCCCCCCCCCCGAAACAAAACACUUAACAAAUAUUUUAUUCAGUUUGAUAUAUUUAAAUCGUGAUUUAAGUUAUCUUAAAGGAAUGAAUGAUCUGGUUCUAAAAGCUCUGGUUUUGUCAAAUGAGUUGUCAAAUUGAUUUCCGUCCGUUUUAAUCUUUAAAAACCUUAUCCACCGCAAAUCUGGUUUUUAAUUGAACUUGAAGGAUUCAAAUCAAGCCAAAUUAACAAAUGCCUCACACUGUGCCAAUGGACCCUUCCCAUGAAAUAUGCUCAUUACAUUCACGCAUGCUUACAGACCCUGUUGAUUGGCAAACGCC